GGGCCGGUGGGGCGCUGCUCGCCAAGAUGGCGGACGAGGAGGGCGAAGGGCUGCCGCGCUCGGUGGCGGCGCCGCACCGGAACGGCGGCGGCAGCGGGGCCCUGGCGGGGCCGGGCGGCCCCCGCGUCGUCCGCAUCGUCAAGUCGGAAUCCGGCUACGGCUUCAACGUGCGCGGUCAAGUGAGCGAGGGCGGCCAGCUGCGGAGCAUCAACGGCGAGCUGUACGCCCCGCUGCAGCAUGUCAGCGCCGUGCUGGGCGGCGGGGCGGCCGACCGCGCCGGGGUGCGCAAGGGGGACCGCAUCCUGGAGGUGAAUGGGGUGAAUGUGGAAGGGGCAACUCACAAACAAGUGGUGGACCUGAUUCGCGCAGGAGAGAAGGAGUUAAUUCUGACCGUGUUGUCUGUACCUCCCCACGAGGCAGAUAAUCUUGAUCCAAGUGAUGACUCUUUGGGGCAGUCGUUCUAUGACUACACAGAAAAACAAGCUGUGCCCAUCUCCAUCCCCACGUACAAGCACGUGGAGCAAAACGGCGAGAAGUUUGUGGUCUACAAUGUUUACAUGGCAGGCCGCCAGCUCUGCUCGAAGCGGUACCGCGAGUUUGCCAUCCUGCACCAGAACCUGAAACGGGAGUUUGCCAACUUCACUUUCCCACGUCUCCCAGGGAAGUGGCCGUUCUCGUUGUCGGAGCAGCAGCUGGAUGCCCGGCGGCGAGGGCUCGAGGAGUACCUGGAGAAAGUGUGCUCGAUACGAGUCAUCGGGGAGAGCGACAUCAUGCAAGAGUUCCUGUCGGAGUCGGACGAGAAUUACAACGGCGUCUCAGACGUGGAGCUCAGAGUAGCAUUACCAGAUAUAACGACAGUGACAGUCAGGGUCAAAAAGAACAGCACUACAGACCAGGUGUACCAGGCUGUGGCUGCUAAGGUUGGAAUGGACAGUAUUACGGCAAACUACUUCGCCUUGUUUGAAGUGAUCAAUCACUCCUUUGUGCGCAAGCUGGCACCCAAUGAAUUCCCCCACAAGCUCUACGUGCAGAACUACACCUCGGCAGUGCCGGGAACGUGCCUGACCAUCCGGAAAUGGCUUUUCACUACAGAAGAAGAAGUUCUUCUCAAUGACAAUGACCUAGCAGUCACCUAUUUCUUCCACCAGGCUGUUGAUGAUGUCAAGAAAGGCUACAUCAAAGCAGAGGAGAAGUCCUACCAGUUACAGAAGCUGUGCGAGCAGAGAAAGAUGGUCAUGUAUUUAAACAUGCUGCGGACGUGCGAGGGUUACAACGAGAUCAUCUUCCCCCAUUGCUCCUGCGACUCCCGGCGGAAGGGCCACGUGAUCACGGCUAUCAGCAUUAAGCACUUUAAACUCCAUGCCUGCACAGAGGAGGGCCAGCUGGAGAACCAGGUAAUAGCAUUCGAAUGGGAUGAAAUGCAGCGGUGGGACACCGAUGAAGAGGGAAUGGCUUUCUGUUUUGAAUAUGCACGAGGAGAGAAGAAACCUCGAUGGGUUAAAAUCUUCACCCCGUAUUUCAACUACAUGCACGAGUGCUUCGAACGGGUUUUCUGCGAGCUCAAGUGGAGGAAGGAGGUGGAGGAGGAAGCAACAGACAAGGAUAACAAGAACUGCAGUAAAGACAAUAUGUGCAGCAAGAAUAUCUUUCAGAUGGUCAGGUCACACCAGAGGGACGCGGCCACUUAGCCCCUCGUCGCGGAAGAACGUAACCCCCCCCCCCAAAAAAAAAUUAACACUUAAAAUUGUUAUUGUAUUAAAGCCCUAAACUAAAUAUUAUUAAUAAUAAUACCAUUUGUGAACUUCAUGUUUAUGGAAUUAAGCGAGUAGGCAAGGGGCAGGCUCGGCAGAGCCGAGAAGGGAGAAGCAAAGCGGUCGAAGCCCACCCGAGGGUCUUCUCCCUCCUCCUCCUCCUCCCUUCCCCCUCGGGUCCUCUAUUAGAAGACGACCUGUGCUUAUAUUUUUUACAACUGGAAAUAGAGGUGUCAUCCAUUUGCACUGUUCAGACAUAUAUACGUAUGUAUAAAAAAAAAGAAAAAAAAAAAAAGCCCCCAAGAAGCUUAUAUAUACAAAUACCGUGCACGUAUAUACAUAUAUAUAUUUCUUUUAAAAUUUCGUACAGCGGCAGUACCUUUUCUAAGCUUGCGUUUUCACACGCAGCCGUCCUUCGAGCCCGUCGUGUGUUUUUAAGGACUAACUUUAGAGACAAAAAAAGGAGAAAAAAAACACCAAAAAAACAGCCAAGCAGCGUUGCAGGGAAAUACCUCUCCUGGCAAAAGGACCUCGACACGUUUACAAGCUUCUGACCUUGGGUUUGGGUUUUUUCUUUUCUUUUUUUUUUCCCCUUCCCCCUGGAUUAUUUGGGAUUUUUUCUUUUUUUGAGGUUUGUUUGGGGGCUUUUUAAACGUGGAGGUUUAAGCAAGCGCCGCGGCGGGACGGGAGGGAGGGAAAGAAAACGUGCGGCUGCCGGAGCGAGCGCGGGGAGGUAUCGGAUCCGGUGGGGCGGGCGACGUGGGAUGCGAGUCCUACGGGCCCUGGGGUGGAGGCGGGGGAGACUCCGGGCUGGACCCGAAAGGUGCCGGGAGUCGGGAAGGCGGCGAGCGCCCUUGGCCCCGGCAGGGUGCUGGGUGCCCCCCGCGCCGGGUGCUGUUUUUUUCCUUCCUCCCCCAGUUCGGGGUGUUGGAUCCCUCGCGGCCGGGUCCGGAAACGCUCCGGGUUUCUAGAUCCCGGUGGUAACUUGCGGUUUAAUGCAGCUAUAUAUAUACAUAUAUAUAUAUAUUUUUUAAAGGUUUAAAGCGUUCGAGGCUCGUUAACGCUGCCGCUUGCCCCGGAGCGGGGAACAGGUGGACAAACAGGCGGACAAACAGGCGGAGCGGGGCGUCCCGCCGCUCGCGGGGCACUCGGCACGGCCGGGGCCGGCGAGGGGGGAGAGGGAGGCGAUGCCCCGUCCUUCCCCCCCCCCCCCAGUGCCGUUUCGGGGGAGCCGGCCUGGGAUUUCCAGGCGUAGCCGCGUUUCCCGGCACCGCCGGCAGCCGCCUCCUCCAAGGAAAUCAGCAAUAACCCACCCGGGGGGGACGGUGCCGACCUGCCUGCUGCCGAGCGGGGGGGGGGAAAAAAAGAAAAUUAACCCUAUUUUUUAUUUUGGGGGGGUUAUUUUGAGCCUGCGAGAUAUUCCCCCCCCCCCCCGCCGCCCCCAUUUCCGUGUCCCGUUUAAUUUAUUUCAGAGGACUCUAGCUGUGUUUUCGCUGCGGUAUCUCGUUUUUUUUUUUUUAUUUGCAAUUCAGAAAUGUGAUGGAGAUGGAGUCAGGGGGGGAGGAAAUUAAAAAAAAAAAUAAAAACCCACAUAAAAAAGCCCCCCCCCCCAUCCCCGACCUGCUAACAGUGUUUCGUGCCCCCCACCCCCGUCCUCCAGCGCUAACCGCUCCGAUCGUUCGGUAAAGUCACUUAGUGUAAUUAAUUGUAACAUAUUCUUUUAAAUAAAUCGAUUUAUUGAUGAA